CGAACAGUGGUAAGUAUUAAACCCAGACCCACAGUUAAGAAAGAGAAACGGGAAAAGGAGCUUAAAAGUUAAACCCCAAAGGAGGAAGAGGAACCAUCGUCUGGGCGUGGUUGCCCCUUUAUGUAGAAUAAAAUUUCCGGCACUAAUGUCGAGUUUCAGCUCAACUGAAUUAUAUAUUUGAGUCGUUUUCGAGGUUUAAGAAAAUUGUCCAAAAAUGUCUGUAAUGAUUGUAACGAGCCUGGGAGAUAUAGUUGUGGAUUUGUUCACCGACCGGUGUCCUCUCACUUGCAAGAACUUUCUCAAGUUAUGCAAAAUUAAGUACUACAAUGGCUGCCUCUUUCAUACCGUCCAGAAGGAUUUUACUGCACAGACAGGUGAUCCUACUGGAACAGGGUCUGGCGGUGAUUCUGUGUACAAAUUCUUAUAUGGAGAUCAAGCUCGUUUUUUUGGUGAUGAAAUUCAUUUGGACUUGAAACAUUCUAAGAUGGGCACUGUUGCCAUGGCUAGUGCUGGAGAGAAUCUCAAUGCUUCCCAGUUUUAUAUCACGUUGCGAGAUGAUCUGGACUAUCUUGAUGGGAAGCACACUGUUUUUGGAGAGGUAGCAGAAGGGCUUGAGACACUCAGUAGGAUAAAUGAAGCUUAUGUGGAUGAAAACAGUAGGCCUUACAAAAAUAUCAGAAUUAAGCACACUUACAUACUGGAUGAUCCUUUUGAUGAUCCUGCACAAUUAGCUGAAUUACUUCCAGAUGCUUCACCUGAAGGAAAACCAAAAGAUGAGGUUGAUGAUGAUGUCCGACUUGAAGAUGACUGGGUACCAAUGGAUGAAAGUCUAGGUCCGCAACAGCUGGAGGAAGUCUUGCGUGCCAAAGAAGCACAUUCCAGGGCUGUUGUGCUUGAAAGUAUUGGGGACAUUCCUGAGGCUGAGGUAAAACCUCCGGAUAAUGUGCUGUUUGUUUGCAAGCUCAAUCCAGUUACUGAAGAUGGGGACCUUCAUACAAUAUUUUCACGUUUUGGGACUGUUACAUCUGCUGACAUAAUUCGAGACUACAAGACUGGAGACAGCUUGUGCUAUGCUUUUAUUGAGUUUGAAGAUAGGGAGGCCUGUGAACAAGCAUACUUCAAGAUGGAUAAUGCUUUGAUUGAUGAUCGGCGGAUACAUGUUGAUUUUAGCCAGAGUGUUUCAAAACUUUGGUCCCAGUAUAGGCGCGGAGGCCGAAUGAAUAAAGGAAAAGGUUGCUUUAAAUGUGGUUCUCUUGAUCACAUUGCUAAAGACUGCACUGGAGAUCCAACCAAUGCACAGCAGCAUUCAAAAUACAUACUCAAAGAUGGCAACACCCAGCACGGGGGAGAUGAUAAUUCAAGGUAUGAAAUGGUAUUUGGUGGAGAGGACCUUGGCAGCCCCAAGGGAAACAAGAGGGAAAGAUACAGUGAGCCUGAGAAGAGUGACAGAAGAGAAGACUGGAAAUCGGCAGGUCUUGAUAAUCAAGAGCGGGAUGGGACUAAAGAUUCCCAAGAAUUGCGUAGUCAUCGGGGCAGAAGUAAAGAGCUUAGAGAGGAUGACAAGUAUAGAGGAGACCGAGCAAGCAGACAUAGUGGCAGGGACAGAGGCAGCACAGCAAGCGAUGAGGGGGAUUAUAGAAGGAAAGCAUAUGGUGGUAGUGAGAGGGAUGGGAGAGAGGGCGUGAGGUAUGAGAAGAGGCAUAGAGAUGAUGCUAGUCACAGAGACAAUCAGUAUGGGAGAGAAUACAAAGAGAGGCGUGCAGGUGAUGUAGGUUGGCGAGACAGAAGGGACGAAAGAGAUUCCAUGAGAAGAAAAGGCGGCGAUGAGGUGAGACGGAGUCAAAAGGUAGAUGAAAAUGAUCAUAAUAGUAGACACGAGUCAAAGGGUAGAAAGCACUAUGACAUGGAGACCAGGAAGGGAAGAAGUGAAGAAAGGGAAUCUGGAAAGCGAAAGGCAAAGGUUGAUGAUGCUGCCGACGUUGGUGAUUAUGAACGUGACCGCAGUAGAAGACGCUAACUAGUCCGUGAGAAAUUGUUGAGCUGCAGAACGCUGUAUUUGGUUCUAUAUAUAUUAUAUUUAUAGCUCGACAACAAGCCCCUCAAAAUGAAUGUAUUGGUGGCAAUGGCAGCCACUGUGUGCUUCUUUCCAAAUCAAUCCCAAGUUGCAGGUGGAUAGAUGUCAUGAAAAACUAUUAUUGACUAACCGUAAUUGCCUCCUCACCUUCUAAUUAAACCUUUGGUAAAAUUAUUGAAUUUUUAUAAAGUACUCCAUGCGGACUGUGUUAA